AUGGGGACAAUGGGGCGUCACCAGCGGUCGCGCUCCGCGAGCUCCUCGGCGACGCGGUCGUCCGACGCCACCGAGCUCGACUUUGCUGCAGCCGACCUAGACUGCCCUUUCGGCGGCAUCGACGCCCUCGGCCUCGUGGAGCUUCGCGAGACCGCGUACGAGAUCUUCUUCAUGUCCUGCCGCUCGUCCGGUGGUGCCUCGGCGUCAAGCUCCAGCGCGCGUGGCGGUGGCUCGUCGGAGAUGGAGGUGUCCUCGCCGGUGGCUGGGUCGAGGGGCGGGAGUGGCGUCAUGAGCAGCAGGGUCAAGAAGGCUCUAGGGCUCAAGCCUAGGCGGUCCGCGCCGACGAUGAUGCGCACUCUGAGCCAGUCGUCAGGCCCGUCCUCGCCUGGACGGGCACGGCGGCCGAUGACGUCGGCGGAGAUCAUGCGGCAGCAGAUGCGGGUCACCGAGCACAGCGACGCGCGUCUUCGCCGGACGCUCAUGCGCGCCGUCGUCGGCCAGGUAGGAAAGAGGCCCGAUUCCAUCGUCCUCCCACUGGAGCUCCUCCGGCAGCUGAAGCCGUCCGAGUUCUCCGACGUGGAGGAGUACCACCAGUGGCAGUUCCGGCAGAUCAAGCUCCUGGAGGCCGGCCUCAUCCUGCACCCCUCCCUCCCGCUCGACCGCCUGCACGCCGCCGUGCUCCGAUUCCGCGAGGUGAUGCGCGCCACCGAGAUCCGCGCGAUCGACACGGGUAAGGGCUCCGAGGCGAUGCGCGCGCUCACCAACGCCGUGCACGCCCUCGCCUGGCGCCCCGGCAGCGGCAGCGACGCGUGCCACUGGGCCGACGGCUACCCGCUCAACGUCCUCCUCUACGUCUCCCUCCUCCAGAGCGUCUUCGACCACAGGGAGCCCACCGUGGUGCUGGACGAGGUGGACGAGCUGCUGGAGCUCAUCAAGAAGACGUGGCCGAUUCUCGGCGUCGGCAGGGCGGUGCACAACGUGUGCUUCGCAUGGGUCUUCUUCCAGCAGUACGUGGUGACCGGCCAGGUCGAGCCGGACCUCGUGGCCGCGGCGCUCACCUUGCUCGCUGAUGUGGCGGCCGACGCGAAGCAGGGGAGCCGCGAGUCCCAGUCCCGUGACCCGGUGUACGCCAAGGUGCUCCUCGGCGCGCUCGGGAAGAUGCAGGAGUGGUCCGAGAAACGGCUGCUGGACUACCACGACAGGUACGAGAAAGACAUUGGCGGCAGCAGCAGCGCCACGGAGGGCAUGGAGAUCCUCCUGUCCAUGGCGCUUGGCGCCGGCAAGAUCGUCGCCGACCGCGAAUACAUCGGCACCGGGAACUUCCCCGCCGACCGCGUCGAUUACUACAUCAGGUGUUCGAUGAAGAACGCCUUCACCAAAAUACUAGAGAACGGCAUGGGCCUGUCCGACAGUUUGAUAGCCGAUCGUGACAACGACCCCGGCGUGGUGCUGACUCGGCUGGCCAAGGACACGGAGCAGCUGGCCACGUUCGAGCGCAGGAACUUCAGCCCGCUGCUGAGGCGGCUGCACCCGGCUCCGGUAGCGGUCGCGGCGGUCACCCUGCACGGUUGCUUCGGCGUGGUGCUGAGACGGUACCUGGGCAAGGUCACCAUCCUCACGGAGGAGCUCGUCCGCGUGCUUCACUCGGCGAGCCGUCUGGAGAAGGCCCUGGCGCAGAUGACCGCCGAGGACGCCGCGGACUGCCACGACGACCGGGCCAAAGCCGUCGUCGGCGACAUGGAGCCCUACGAGGUGGAGUCCGUCGUCAUGGGAUUGCUCAAGGCUUGGAUGGACGACAGGCUUAGGAUCGGCAGGGACUGCCUCCUCCGAGCCAAAGAAACCGAGAGCUGGAUACCCAAGUCCAAGGAGGAGCCCUUCCCCGGAUCGGCUAUCGAGCUGAUGAAGCUCGCUGGUGCCACCAUCGACGAAUUCUCCGAUAUACCGGCAACCGCGAAAGACGACGUACUCCAGCAGCUCGUCGACGGCCUCGAGUCAAUCUUUGAAGAGUACAUCUCCUUCGUCGCAUCUUGCGGGUCGAAGCAGAGCUACGUCCCUCCCCUCCCGGCGUUGACGAGGUGCAACCAGGACUCAGGCUUCUUCAGGCUGUGGAAGAAGGCAGUGCUGCCGACGUGCCAGGCGCCGGAGGGAAGCCCGCGCGCUGGCGCCUCGCAGCACACCCCACGUCCGUCCAUCAGCCGCGGCACGCAGCGCCUCUACGUCCGCCUCAACACGCUCCACUACGUCCUCACCCACGUCCAGGCCAUCGACAAGUCGCUCUCCUCGGCGUCCUGCGCGCGCAGCGGCGGAGGCGGGGGCUCCUCGCCGGCAGCUGCCCCAGGCGGCAACCGCGUCGCGGCGUCCGUCCAUUUCGACCGCACCCGUGCCGCGGCGCAAUCGGCGGUGUCCCACGUCGCCGAGGUAGCCGCGUACCGUCUCAUCUUCCUGGACUCGCGCCACACCUUCUACCACGGCCUCUACGUCCGCAACGUCGCCGACACGCGCAUCCGGCCGGCGCUGCGGGCGCUAAAGCAGAACCUGUCGUUCCUCGUGUCCGUGCUGGCCGACCACGCGCAGCCGGUGGCGGUGCGGGAGGUGAUGAAGGCCUCGUUCCAGGCGUUCCUCAUGGUCCUCCUCGCCGGCGGCAACGAUAGGAGCUUCACGAGGGCGGAUCACGGCAUGGUGGACGAGGACUUUCGGAGCCUGAAGCGCGCCUUCUGCACGUGCGGGGAGGGCCUGGUCCCGGAGGAGGUGGUUGCGCGGGAAGCGGAGACCUCGGAGGGCGUCGUUGAGCUCAUGGCACGGUCUACGGAGCACCUCAUCGGCGCGUUCGGCGCCGCCACGUCCGAGUCGAUCGCCGGCGCACGUGAGUACGACGAUGGUGGCGGCGGUGGGACACCCGUGCCGUCGGCGUCGAGGCAGUGGAAUCCCGCCGACCCGAACACAAUCCUUCGAGUGCUGUGCUACCGCGACGACGAGGUCGCCAACCAAUUCUUGAAGCGGACCUUCCAGCUCGCCAAGCGGCGGUGAUGCAGGCCAAUUGCUCGACGGAAUGAGUUAAGCUCUACUUUUUCUUAGUCCGUUAUUUUUGCAGUUCGAAAGCCCCCUGGCAGUUCUCGUCAUUUAGUAAGG